AUGAAACUGUUGUUACGAGUACUGAUGGCGAUUAUCGCCGCUGUCACGUCAAGCCCCGUAUCCCAAGUAAACCAAAACUGGCCUUGGCAAGUUGGUAAAGCUUACCACUACGAUGUAUACUCCCACACACUGAAUAACUUCGAAGAGGGAAUCAGCCAUGGAAUCGCCUUCAAGGCUCAAUACUAUGUCAGUGUAAAGUCAACUGGUCGCCUAGUUGCCAAGCUUGACAACGCUCUGUACACAACAGUAAAAACCCACAUACUCAAUAAUUUUGAGAUACCAUCUGAUCUCAAAUAUAAACCACUUAAAGUUAUGGAUCAAACCUUUGAAAUUUUCGUUGAUGGUGGUCGUGUAGUCUCCAUCAAUGUACCUUCUGAACUCCCCAUUCCCUAUACAAACUUUCUUAAAGGGUUGGUUGGUGCACUACAAGCCGAUCUCUCUCCUCAUGGCAAUGUUCAUGACUAUCCAAACGGUUUUGACAAAACCACUUUCCAAGGUCUCUUUAAGAAAAUGGAGACGGAUGUUACUGGUGAGUGCGAAACUCUGUAUUCCGUUUCACCAAUGGCAGCUGAGUGGCGCCGUGAAUUAACCAAGUACGUUCCUAAAGAGGACCCAAUUGAAAUAGUUAAGAGCAAAAACUACGGCGUCUGUUCGAAACGUGCCGAUGUCUACUUUGGUGUACCCGAAGGUGCUGUAUUCAAGGGUAUGACACACAAUAAUGAAGAAAAGCAGAUGAUCAAACAUGCCUUUGAGGCUCGUUUACUUGUUGGGAAACAAGGCCCAAUUUACAAAGCUGAAGCCAUAAGUUCUGUCACUGCUAGCCCCAUUGUUUUCGGUAAACAGAAACCUGAAGUUGUCAGUUAUAUUAAAUUUACUCUGAACUCUGUAGAACAAGACACCAGUGAAUCCUGGAAGAAGACUGAAGAAUUUAGUUCAAUUAAUUCACUUUUGUAUACGAGUGAUAACUCAUCAAUAUUUACUUACUCGUAUGGUGAUCAGGAAGGCGUUUCUAAAGCCUACCAUUAUCUAAAAGAGAUGUCUCCUUUGCUACAAGAUCCAAAUAACUUAUCCAAAGAAGGUUUCCUUUUAAAAUUUAACUUUCUGGUAAACCUUCUCGCUUCGUUCAAUUCAAAACAACUAAUACAAAUGACUGAAAGUCUUGAAAAUUCCAAAACUUCUAAGAAUUUAGCUAAAACUGGCAUUUGGACAAUAUACCGUGAUGCUUUAUCCGUAGCAGGAACUACAGUAGCCUACGAACAUAUCAAAUCUUGGGUCCUCAAUAAGAAGAUUGUUGGUGAGGAGGCAGCUGAAGUGAUAACAGUUAUGGGUGCUAGUCUCUCUAACCCUUCCUUAGAUCUUGCCAAAGAUUUUUUCAAAUUCGCUAUAGAACCAGCAGUUGUAGAACUUAAGUAUGUUAACAAUUCUGCUCUGUUAGCUACUAGUAAAUUAUUACGUUCCGUGCACGAUCCGUUUAUUGAAGAGACAGUAAUUCCUUACUUCAAUAAAGAACUAAACGAUGCCAUCCAAAAUGACGAUACAAGCAAGGCUCACGUUUAUAUAACGGUUCUCGGCAACUUAGCUCACCCCAGAAUAUUAAAAGUAUAUUCGCCGUAUUUGGAGGGACAUAUACCAGUGACAAAAUACCUUCGCACCCAGAUUGUUACAAAUCUUAAAGCGUUGGCUUAUCUGAAGAACGAGUACGUGCGUGCCGUGCUGUUCAGCAUCUUAAGGAAUACCGGUGACAUUUAUGAGGUUAGGGUGGCUGCUGCUUUGAACCUCUUUAUAGCUGUUCCUACAGCUGAGAUGAUGCAAGUCCUUGCACACAUGACACAUUUUGAUCCAAGCACCCACGUUCGCGCUGUGUUAUCAAAUAGCAUUACUUCUGCCGCUAGUUUGAAGGACCCACGUUUCAAGGAACUAUCCAAGAUCGCACAGUCUGUUUUGAAUGUCAUCACAAAAGAUACGUUUGACUCCAAAUAUUCGGAAAACGUUGUACUUGAAGAAUAUCUAAGUGAGGACGACUACAAUUACUUCAAUCAACUUGAAACCAUCGGAAGUGAUAAUAGCUUCCUACCAAAGUACCUGAGAAGUAUCUUCAAUUUCAAAGUAACAGGCUUUAACGAGGAAAGCGAGGUGACUUUGUCUGUGUCUGAUGUGAAAGAUUUUUUUAAUUAUUUCAUGCAAAAUGUUAUUGAACCCACCAAAGUAGACCCCGGUUUCAAAUUUUCUGCUAAGCAUAUUGUUGAAAGCUUAAACAUUAAACGUGCGCCCCGUCAACCUUUGGAGGGUGCUCUCUUUAUUAAUGAUUGGAAUCUGCAAAAACUUAUUACUUUUAACGAAAAAGACUUUCAUGCGUUUAUUUCUGAUGCUGAAAAAACCAUUGAAAAUUUAUUAGACGGGAUUGACGCCCAAUACACUAAAACAUUAUACUUGAAGCACAUCAAAGUUACUUGCCCACUAGCUAAUGGAAUGCCUUACAUUCUUCAUUACUCAGAACCUGCUAUAAUUAUGGCUAAAAUGCAUGCAGCAGCUAACGUCAAAAAUGAAAAUAAUGUGAUAGCUGGAUCUUUGACCAGCAAGAUUGAUUUCACAUAUUCCAAAUCGGUGCAGAGUUCAAUAAGUUUCAUAGAUGUCUUUGGCGAUCAGUUAGCCGUUUCUGGUGUUUUGAGUGAUCUGCAGCUCUAUGUUCCAAUUAUAAUAAACACAGAGCUUAAUGGUGGACAUUUCAAAAUCCAGUUUGAACCGUUGCACGGUGACAGAGAUGUCAACCUGAUUCAGUUCAACGUUGUACCGUACACAGGAAUGUACAAGCGUAAUUCAGUUAAAUAUGACGUAGAACCCAUCAAGCGUACAACCAAGACUGCAUCAACUGACCUUAAAUUCGGACAUUCGGCCGGAAUGUUCUACCAAGUUCAAGGACAUAGCUACUCUUCUGAUUACAAAGAUUUAAAAAAACUGUUCAGCGAUGAUCUAUUUUCAAACAUUGGACGAUUGAUUUACCAGAAGGACAUUGCAUUUACCCAGUUCGAUUUCAAAUACCUUGGAAGAGAUACGAUAGUGAAGUCAACUACUUUUAUAGUAUACUUGGAUACACUAUAUAACCAAAAAUAUAGCGGAGAAAUGGGACUAGCUUCGCCAACAAAACACGUAGAACCCCAUAGUGUGGCUCGACGUGAAGAGAUCACGAAGAAAGUUGCAUCAGACAUAGACUCCGCUACAGUACAGUUGUUAGACUUCAGCGCUGAGUUCGACGGGCCCAAAAAAACAGUGUUUGUAUUUACUGGUGCUUACGCCUACAGUAAUGUUGAUUCCAAGUUUCAGACAGCCUUAUUUGCUCAUAGUACCGAACAGAUUAACGCGGUGUUCAGAGUGAAUAUAAAGAAUCCUAAAAUCCAUACAUUGAACUUUGAAGAAGCUCUGAAAAAUGAAGUCAAACUAGUGUAUGAUGCCAACAUCAAAUAUCAAAAUUCCGAUAUUCUCCUGCAAGGCUAUGGCGAGCGUAGUAGAGAGUAUACUAAAAUGCUUAAAAAUGACCCCAUGGCGAAAAAAUGCUUGGCAGAAAUAAGCCAAAAUAAUUUCUUCCAGAAUUAUUGCUACAAUGUGACCCUUAAAGCAUAUGCCCCUGACUUUUUCACGGCUACAGUAACUUUCAAAGACGUAGAUCCUAAUUUGCUAAGCUUGACUGAAUAUACUUACAAUGGAUAUAUAAAACCAGCAUUUAACUUAGAGGAAGAAAGAAGCUCGUUAGAUAAGACAAGUGAUGAUACAAUAUACAUUGAGACAAAAGCAUUCUAUUACGACAAUUAUAUAAGCUAUAAAUUGACUAACACGCACGGUUCAAUUAGUUUGGAGAAUUUGGAGAUCACGUGGGAUUUGCCGUAUAUCAUGUCUACCUAUGCACCUAUUUAUCUCUUAGAAGACUCGACUGACUCGUCUACCGGCUACGAAAAUUUACGUUAUUGCGCUGUUGACGAUAAUAAGAUAUUGACAUUCAGUGGCCGCAGCUAUGAAUAUGCCCUGACAAGCUCUUGGCACGUAGUGAUGGUGGAAGACUCAGAAGACUUAGGUAAAGGUCUUGUCAUCCUGGCCAGAAGACCCAGUGCCAACCAAGAAGAAGUAUACGUCUCUUACCAGACAGAAGAUGGAAAAUUCUUGGAACUUAAUAUCAAACCUGAUAAUAUUGAUGUUAAGAGUAACGGCAAUAAAACUUGCGAUGGAGCACUCACCAUGUAUUGGAAUGAAGCUGGAGAAGUGCCUCUUCUAGAAUAUUAUAGUCUUGGAAUAGAUCUUUAUGUGUUUGAUAUACAGAAUAAAAAUAUUCGCCUUGUGUACGAUAAACACAGAUUAGUGGUCUUCACUGAUGAGUACUACGGCAGCACCAUGGGAAUUUGUGGGCAGAGCAGUACAGAAAUUCGUGAUGAUUAUAUGACUCCAUAUGGUAUAGUUGAUCUACCUGAACAUUACGGAGCAUCUUUCAGUCUAGAAGAUGAAUUUAGCCAUCCUAAAACUGUGGCAUUGAAGAAGGAAGCGAAACUAAAGGCGUACCAACCCGUGACCAAGUAUACUGGCAUUCUUCACUCUGAUGAUGAUUGGAUUAAAGCGGUUAAUGAAACUCCAAAACAGUUUAGUGAUAAAAAUGUAAAAUAA